AGAGCUGUCCUGUCUACCGUAGGGUUGUCGUGUGUUGUGUUUCGAUUCUUGUGUCCCGGCCGGUCCGCUUUUUCGUUCACUUCUUCAUAAUUUCUAUUCCCUAGUGCUGUGCACUGUUUUUGUUCAUAGUUCAGUUCGACAGACAAGAUGUACGGAUUCGCGUUUGCAUCGCUGGUCGCCCUCGCGGCGUGUGCGCCGCAGCGAGGCGGCAGACAGCGGGCCACGGCUCAGCAGCAAGCGGCGCAGAUCCCGCAGGGCAUCUCGCAGGCGACGGACGGUUCGAUGAUCCUGGAUGCCACCGUCAACAUCAACCAGCUGCCCAUCCGGUUCAAGAUUGCGGCGCCGGCGGACCAGUUCACGGCUGCGAGUGGCGUGCCUGGUGCGGCGGCGGCGAGCGGUGCGAAUGGCACGAUGGGUGUCAACGUGCUCCUCCACGGCGACGGCGGCCAAUCCUUCUUCGAUUUCCCCAACCAAAACCUCCAAGCCAACACCAUGGGCGUCGCGCUCCUCGCGCCCAACGCCAACCUCUUCUGGGGCGGCGGCUCGGGCCUCGACCGCACCGACGGCGUCGCCCACGCGCAGGCCGUGUCCGACUUCGUCACAAAAGCCAUGCCGCAGCUCGUCGCCUUCGAUGCCGCCAACGUCAAAUUCACCGGCGUCAGUGGAGGUAGCUUGCUCAUGAGCGGCUUCUUCAUCCCGGCGCAGAUGCAGAACUUUGCCAACUCGGCCGUCGAGCUCAACUGCGGCGCCAUGCCCCCGCAGGUCAACUUCGCCAACGCCGCCGCCGUCAUGAGCACGCUCCGCAUCCACUACCAGUCGACCCAGUCGGAGCUCACACUCCUCCAAGACGCCAUCCCGCAGGCCGUCGUCGCGUACGAGCAGCUCGCCGCGAACGCCGGCCUAGGUGCAGCCCAAAUUAACGCGCUGCAGACGGUUGACAACACGCCGGCGGGCGGGCACUGCGAGUUCGACGGGAAGGACUUUGUCAGCGGCGUGCAGACGAUGCUGACGAGCUUCUCGAACGUGGUGCAGGGCGGAGACGGGGUGGUCGCUGGCCUGGGCGCGCCGAGCAACGGCAACGUGCUGACUGGGGUGGUGGGCAACGAGAAGCUGCAGUUUGCGGCGGGGCGGAGGAAGCGGGGCGUGGAGAGCAUGGUGGUCAAGCGGUGGGCGGAGGCGCUGGUGCCGAAGCCGCGGCGCAGGAGGCAGGAUGUUGUUGUCGAGGAGGAAGGCGUCGCCAUGUUGGCGUGUGAUCGCAUGCGGUGCAACUGAGCGUGCGGACGACGUUGACUAGGGCGAAAGACGAGGAAAGCGGAUUGAUAGUUGGAAGUGAAGUUGAAGCCGAAGUUCAGAUGGAUGAGCAUGGCGCGUCCCUGGUGUUGCGCGUAGUUUCGCUGCCGCGGGCAUGCUUGUGUGAUAUCAAGUGCCACUUGCGUGAGCCUUCUGCGCGUGUGGUCUUGGUGGACGAAGCGAGCAGACAUUAGGCCCUGUAGAUGAAGCGUCUCGGUGCCUUCUGACAAUCUCCACAAGGUCCAUUCAUUGUACCACUGCCGACCGCGACGGUUCUUGGUUAGGGAAAGUUCGAUACGGAGAGAAGGAGAUUUGUCGUG